GUCGAUAUUGUAUCUAAAUAAAAACAAAACACAGCGUAAAAGUGACUUGUAAACAUCCAAUAAUCUAUCAAAAAUGUCCAAUAACAAUGAAGGAUCAAUCACAAACCCUGGAUCUCAAAUCCAGCAUCCAGAACAACAGACAUCACAUAACCCACAAUUGGAUUCACCAAUCCGAGGACCAACAUUAUCAACUAGUACUAGUAGUUUUGAAGCUCUUGACCCCCAUGACCCCAACUUAAGUAAACUGGCAACGAAAAUGUUUCGUAAAACGGAAGAAUAUAUAACUAACGAACUGCAGGCACCCAUUGAAGACUAUCAGCUAUUGGAGAAUAUGAAUCGAGCAACAAUUGGAAAAUAUUCAGAUAUGAGGCAAAUAGCACAAAAUUUGGCAGUUUCUACAGCGGAUUUGAGUGUAAAGUUUCAGGCAUUGGUACCAUUAAUGCAACAGAUUGAUGAGAUUUCCGACACUGUAGACAAAUUAGAGGCCGCUGCAUAUAAACUGGAUGCCUACUCAAUAGCUCUAGAAAAUCGCGUUAAAUCAGUUUUACAAAGAAAAACACACAUGUAAUUGUAGAAAACCAAAGUAUUUUAUUGUUCAUCGUAAUGCUUUUGAUUAUCCAAGUAGUAAUUUAAAUAUGAUUGCUAUAAUGUUGAGAAAUAUCAAAGGAACUGAAAAACAAAAAGCCAUGUUAAUAACCCUUACCAUUAGAAAAUAAAGACGGUUUAUACAUACUCUUUGCCACAGUGCGGAUCGAUCUCACCAAA